AUGGACACUCUUAAUCUGCAGUCUGCUUCCGAAUAUCUCAAUAACCUGCUUCUCGCCCGGGGACUCCUGCGGAAUGGGAGACGGAUCGACUUUGCAGACCCGGGGAACGCUGCGGAUGGCGCUGAAGACACGAUGGCACAAAUUAUUAACUUGAUCCACGAUCUAGUGACUCGGAGAGACCGUGAAGCAGAACAACGGGAAAGUCUUGCCACCACUGUGAAAAAUCUCCGAAAGACAGAAGCAAAACAGGCACUUCAGGUGGAACAACUGGAGGGCAAAACGAAAGAACUGUCUCGCUCGAUUGCUCUGGCAGAAGGGCAAGAAACAGCAUUUAAAUCCACAAUACGCAAUGCAGAUAUUACUAUACGUGGCCUAAAAGAUCAGAUGCAGCGGAUGAAGUCCUCGAUUCAGCAGAUAAGAACCCAGUGCGCUACAGACAUCCGCAAACGAGAUAUUGAAUUGCAGAGACUAAAAACACACCUGACCGAGCGACAGCGUGGAAAGAGAGAUGGAUACGGUGUAAUGACUAUCACGAUACAGCCUCCACCGAAGACGAACACUUCCAGCCGAAAGGUGGCCCAGGGGGGAAACACUGUGGAUAUACCGGGCCACAGCCUCAAGCAAGAAACAACAGAGUAUUUGACACAGCUGUGCCAGAGUUUGAGUGAUGAAAACGAUGCGUUGAUACAGCUUUCUCGGGAUACAAUUCAGACGUUAAGAGAGCUGCAAGGACUGGAAGAUGGAGAUGUGGAGGGGGUUGCUGAGGGCGCUGCAGGGAAAGAAGAAGGUGUAGAUGCCGCUCUAUCCCGGCAUGAACUGCUAUCAAGGGAAAUGGAUGCUACUCUCAACCAGCUGCGAGCCCUACUUACAAAUCCAUCCUUUGUUCCUCUGGAAGAAGUGGAACUCCGGGACUCUGAGAUUGCUCGACUGCGGGAUGGGUGGGAGAAGAUGGAGCAGCGAUGGCAGGAGGCAGUUUCCAUGAUGGACGGGUGGCAUAAGCGAGUAUCUCACGGGAGCGGGUCGAUCAGUCUGGACGACCUGAGACUGGGAAUGUCCUUCACGACAGACUCGAGCAUGCAGAAGGACGCGGGCAGCACGCUGAAUUUAUCCGUGGAUCAGUCGGAAUCGGGCAAUUCGGCUGUGUCGAGCAGACGGAUAUCCAACGACUCCUCGACCCGGGAGAGGCCGAAGAGGCUGUUCGACAUCGAGCCGUCAGGAGUCGCCAAAGACCAUGCACCGGCAGGCAAGACCGCUGGGGGUGAGAAGGUGGCCGCGCAGAGAUCAGACGCAACUGAUGUACGCCAGAAGAGACGGAAGCUGCAGCGAAACCGGCCGGCCUGA